UUACUGGGGUGUCCUCUUGCUGAGACGGGGGUUUCCUGUGCCAGGGGAGGUGAGCGUAGAGUUUCCUAUCAUCUUUACAGCAUCUAAAGUAAAGUAAUUUCUUGGGGUGGGGUGCCGUCAGAGGGGUUUAGUGCCUGUGUGUCAUUGGUCAUCGCGCUGAUGUCUCCCUUACAGCGAAUAUGAUCUCGCAUGAGGUGUUGGGUACAAAUGCUGUGGGCAGGAAAUUUCCGUUCUCAGAAUUGCCCGGCUCCGCUGCCGGACCACACCGGAAUGAUGCGCGUUAACUUUGUGCUUCAUAUACUUAGCCAUGUACAUGCUAAUUUUGGCAAGAGAACCACCUGGUGCCCUCGGGUAGUGUUUUUGUUUUUUUCUGGCAGCUGCUGUGCAAUGCACAGGGUCUGAGCAGAAGCACUAGCCUCUGUGGAUGAACAGGCCAGGGGGGAUUCCUGUGUGUCACCUCUGGGGUUUCCCAAAGAACAGCCCUGAGCUCAGGGUGCAGUGCGUGUCGCCGCUGUCGAGGACAGCACAGCUACUUAAACGCAGCGUUGCUCCGAAGUGUAUUGCGGCCUCCGGAUUGUUGGGGACGUGCCAGCCAGUUUCAGGGUACUUCAUCUGCUCCGUUGGAGUCCACCGCGCCCUCCAAUGGCGGCCAACAAGACUAAGAACCAGAGCUCUCUGGCCCUGCACAAAGUGAUCAUGGUGGGCAGUGGAGGGGUGGGGAAGUCAGCCCUCACUCUGCAGUUCAUGUAUGACGAGUUUGUUGAGGAUUAUGAGCCCACCAAGGCUGACAGCUACCGGAAGAAGGUGGUUCUGGACGGGGAGGAGGUCCAGAUCGACAUCCUGGACACAGCAGGGCAGGAGGACUACGCAGCGAUUCGGGACAACUACUUCCGCAGCGGAGAGGGCUUCCUGCUGGUGUUCUCCAUCACAGAGCAGGAGUCCUUCACUGCCACAGCCGAGUUCAGGGAGCAGAUCCUGCGAGUGAAGGCAGAGGAGGACAAGAUCCCACUGCUGCUAGUGGGCAACAAGUCGGACCUGGAGGACCGCAGGCAGGUCACCGCUGAUGAGGCCCGGGCCAAGGCGGAUGCGUGGGGGGUGCAGUAUGUGGAGACCUCAGCCAAGACGCGUGCCAAUGUGGACAAGGUAUUUUUUGACCUUAUGCGAGAGGUGCGAACAAAAAAGAUGUCAGAAAACAAGGACAAAAAUGGCAAGAAGAGUGGCAAGAAGAAGAACUCCUUUAAGCAGCGAUGCUGUUUACUCUGAAGGUAACGGGGACCUUUCAGUGCCAACCUGUCACCAUCUGGAGGGAACUGCCUUUGUGCUUGACAAAAAAAAUGCAUCUACUCAUUUUUCCCCUUCUACAUAAUGGGAGUAAAGAUAAUGGUGGCGCUUCACAGUGAAGUGAAGACUGGAAUCGUGGGUCUUCUCAACAUUCAGCUGCCAAACUGUCCCAAACACUACGUUUGCUCUGGUUUUGCAUCUUGGUUGUCUGCUUAUCUGUUUUGUUCUUAAAGACAGUUUUGUGCUUGCAUUCUAGGUUUAUCCUUUUUUUUUUUUUUUUUUUUUUUUUUUUCCUCCUCUACAAAGUAUUUAGGGUAUUUCAAAUUCAGUGCCUCAAAUGUAACAUUUUUGCACAUCAAGCUCAUUCAUUUCACGAAGUUGAUUUGGUAAAUGUGACAUUUGUAUUUCCUUCUUGUAUGUGUGAUUUGCAUUUAAUUUGUUAAUGUUGGGCUGUUAUGGAGGAUGAGGCAAACAAAAAAUUCAUUGAUCAAUUAAAGACAUUAUUUUUUUCUCCCCAUCAUCUAAAACCUGUUGUCCAGUGAAGGGUUAUAGUGGUCUGGGAUCUGUUCAGGAGUGGGGUGUGAGGCAGGGUACACCCUGCACUGGAUGCACACAGAGCAAUUCAGAGUCACCACUUCACCUGAAACACAUCUUUGGACUUUGGGAGCAAACACAUGGAAUCAUUGGGGCAACAUGAAUUCUCCACGGAGAGUGAGCUAGACUGGAAUCCACAGCCAAGGAACAGUGAGGCACCAGUGCUGCCCACUUUGCCACCUACCGACUGAAUAUAAAAAACUGAACAAUACAUCAGUUAGUCAGUAUAACAAUACAGGAAAAACCCUAAAUUAGAAAUCAAUGUAAAAAGUUUAAUGCCAAAAUUAAGUUUAAAUUUGCUUUUUUGGUUGUAUUUUUACUCUAUGUAUUUCUGCUCCAAGCAGUGGAUGUAAGGGACACUCACUGGUGAUUAACCAAAUAUUUGGACCUCGUUACACCCCUCAUCCCCUUGAAUUUUUCAAAUGCUGAAAAAACUGAUCUACACUGAAAAGUAUGGAUCUCUGAGAGUUACACUUGAGACAGGAAGCAUCACAGCUCUGUGUUAGACAUCCAGAGCUCAGAAGGUAAAGGACGUCAGCAGCAGGAUCCAACCGCCUUACUGCAGAAGAAUCUGGAGAACAGUGAUGGUGCCAAGAAAAGGAGAUGUUUGAGACAUGUUCCUUUUUACAUAAGUGACAGCUGCUCGUUUUCAUCAGUUUCUUUGUUUCCCUGCCUGUGGAAAAAGUGCUUGUGAGGAACAUGGAACUCUGUUUUAACCUUAAUCGUUAUACUCAUGGCCAAGUGUCAACCCAUUGGAGCUGUGUGUGUGUGUGUGUGUGUGUGUGUGUGUGUGUGUGUGUGUGUGUGUGUGUGUGAGAGUGAGAAUGUGAAUUCUCAUGUGUUAACUGGGUUGUUUAUUACAAAGCAUCAAACUGUUGCCAAAUAAAUGUUUUUCUUCUUUGUA